UAACCAAACCUUGUAUAAAAGUCCAAUCACCCGGUUCCUGUCCAUGUCGGAGUCCCACCUGUUUGAACCUUGAGCUGCCAAUGCGAUGACGUCCGACCCCCGCCCAAAACAAGAUGGGAAUACAGGGUCUAUGUGUCGCGCAAACUUAUCGCCCGCUCAAGUCAUCGCGGAGGCGUGGCGACGCGAGUCUCCGCAAAGUCAAGAAUUUUGGCGGCAAGCAGAGGCAAAACGCAAAGAGCUCUACACAGCACCCCGGUCACAUAAACCACGGGGAAAGAUUUAGGGUCCGUAUCUUGGCGGCAUGACUAUUGACAGUUCUUCGCAUUCUGUGUACAUAUAUUCAUUACUUUGGACGAUAUCAAUUGUACGAUUAGAUAGAUGCAUUAC